AUGGUUCAAACAAACGAUGUUGUUAUCGAUAAUUUAGGUGAUAAUGAUAAAGAAAAUUCAAUAUCACAUGAACAACUUAUUCAUUGUAUUGAUCUGGUUAAUACUCCUAACCCGAUCUUAAGCCCCUUUAUAGGUUUAAAAUUCAUAAAAUUUAUUCAAUCGUUAAAUCCUCCAGAAACUAAAACAGUAAUUGAAACAUGGUCUUCUUUUACUAACAGUGAUAUAGUUGAAAAUUUACGUGCAGGAAUUGUUUCCUUGGACAAUCCUGAAAUUCUUUUGAAUGAUGUAAAGCAUCCCAACUUUAAUAUAAAUAGAGCAGAACUGCUAUUUUAUACAUCUGUUUUAAUGCAAGAACGUGAUUCAACCCUUGUUGAUGAAGCUGAAAAAAUGGUUCUUGGUUUAAAGAAAAUUCCUAAUAAUGCUAAUAAUGAAGUAAUUAAGAAAAUUACUGACAAACUUCGUAAAAGUGAAGAUCCGAUUAGAGAACAAGCAAAGAAACUUGGUCUGGAAUUUGCUUCUAUUACUGAAUGUAAUGUAGUUGGAGGUCCCUAUGGUGCUUUAUUUUGGUCUGAGGGAACAGAUCCUUUAAAUUUGGGAGAAUGGUUAACUAAUUUCAGUCUUCAAAGAAUUGAUGCGAGAUCAUUUCUUUUUGGAGAAGUUCACUAUGGAUACUAUACAAGCCUUUUUAAUGAUAAUUCUUAUUCCUCAGUAAAAUCGUUAAAACAAUGUCCAGCUUUAAGAUUAGCUAAAGCAGUACGUGAUAAGGCGGAUGAGAUCUAUAAGCGAACAUCUCAAAAAGUUAAUGUCUGGGUUUCAGGUUAUUCAUUAGGUGGUGCUCUGGCUACAUUAUUUUACGCUAGAUUAUUAGAAUCACCAACUUGUUUAGGUGAUCAUGUUGAUAUCCGUGACGGGAUGAGCUUUGCUUCUCCAGUUCUUGGAAAUAGUGAUUUUGCUGCAGGAUUUCAAUCUCUUAUGAACAAUGAUUCGAAUUCACAUAGAAAUUUUUGGAGAGUUGUCAAUGAUAAUGAUAUUGUUCCUAGAUAUCCUGCUGGUUUUCAUACCCCAAAUUUAGGUCUUUUUCUUUCAAAAAUUAAUCUACUCAAUUAUAUUAAUAUUGGUGAUGAAGUCCGAUUUUAUCAAAGUGGUGCAGAACCUAGAUCUAAACGUCAUCUUUAUGGUCCUGAAGUUCAAAAUUUAUUUAUUAAACAAGGACUUGGUUUUAUAGGUUGGGAUGCUCUUUUUAUUUUUUCUGAUCAUUUUGAUGGUUCUACUAAUCGUUGUAAUCCAAUUAAGAAUCCUUUUGCUAUAAAUUAUAAAGUAACUUCAAAAUUUGAUUACUUUACACCUGGAUUUCUUAGAAAUCAUUUGCCUUUUAGAUACUUUGAAUCUAUGGAAAAAGCUAGAAAAUAUUGGGAAUCAAAGUUACAAAAUAAUAUUAUUGAAAAUCCAGAAAAUUUUAUAAAUAAAAUUGUAUGA